AUGCCUGUGCUGCCCGUUGCCGCCCGUUGCUGCCCGUGCCUGUGCUGCCCGUUGCCGCCCGUUGUUGCCCGUGCCUGUGCUGCCUGUUGCCGCCCGUUGCUGCCCGAGCCUGUGCUGCCUGUUGCUGCCUGUUGCUGCCCGUGCCUGUGCUGCCCAUUGCCGCCCGUUGCUGCCUGUGCCUGUGCUGCCCGUUGCCGCCCGUUGCUGCCCGUGCCUGUGCUGCCCGUUGCCACCCGUUGCUGCCCGUGCCUGUGCUGCCCGUUGCCGCCCGUUGCUGCCCGUGCCUGUGCUGCCCGUUGCCGCCCGUUGCUGCCCGUGCCUGUGCUGCCUGUUGCCGCCCGUUGCUGCCCGUGCCUGUGCUGCCUGUUGCUGCCCGUGCCUGUGGUGCCUGUUGCCGCCCGUUGCUGCCUGUGCCUGUGCUGCCCGUUGCUGCCUGUUGCUGCCCGUGCCUGUGCUGCCCGUUGCCGCCUGUUGCUGCCCGUGCCUGUGCUGCCUGUUGCCGCUCGUUGCUGCCCGAGCCUGUGCUGCCUGUUGCUGCCUGUUGCUGCCCGUGCCUGUGCUGCCCGUUGCCGCCCGUUGCUGCCCGUGCCUGUGCUGCCCGUUGCCGCCCGUUGCUGCCCGUGCCUGUGCUGCCUGUUGCCGCCCGUUGCUGCCCGUGCCUGUGCUGCCCGUUGCCGCUCUGCUGCUGUCCGCGCCCUUGUGCGCUCUGCUGCCGCUGGGGGGGGGUGGGUGUGA